GAUAAUCAUAGCACACGGUAACAUAAAAAAAAUAAGGUCAAACAGACAUAUUUCCUUGCUUUAUCUUUCUUGCUUGCUCUUCCACUUUCCUCACUUCAAUCUCUCUUUCUCUCUCUCUCUCUCUCUCUCUCUCUCUCUCUCUGCUUUUCUGGCUUAGACACCCAUCUUUUUCUUUAACCUUUUUUCUCUUCCUCGUUUGAGUGACAUACAAGAACUGCAUAAUCAAAAUUACAUGUCCUUUCGCACCACUUUGCUUUUUUCGACCUUUGCUUCCUUGGAUGUUGUAGUACAAAACACUUCGUUAAAGAGUUCCCCCAAGAACAUUUCCGGGGUUUCAUUUCUGAUUCUUGGUCUUGACUAUAAUUGUUGAGCUGGUUCUCCGACUUGUCUCAGAUUCAUUUCCAUUUUUUUCUCUAACCCACUGAGAUAUACUAUGGAGAAGGAGAACUUGACACCAACCAAUUGGAUUACUGCCAAUUUUGGCAUGGAAAUCCAGCCCAACGAGCUGAAUUGUGCUCCUGACAACCUUGCCAACUGCUUUUUCAAUCCCAAUUGGGAUAACCCAAUGGAUCAGAGCGAUCCCUUUGAGUCUGCCUUGAGCUCCAUUGUGUCUUCCCCGGUAGCUUCCAAUGCCGCUCCCAUUCCCGGUGGCGGUCGCGGCGAUGGUCUAAUUAUCAGAGAACUUAUUGGAAGACUAGGAAGCAUAUGCAACUCCGGUGAGAUUUCGCCGCAGGCUUACAUUGCUGGCAACAACAACAACAACAACAACAAUAGUACUAACACGUCUUGUUACAGUACCCCUUUGAAUUCCCCUCCUAAGCUCAAUCUGUCAAUGAUGGACUCACAGAUCCGAGGGAAUCUGCCGUUCAACGGAAGCCAUUUACCAUCUCAUCCAAGUCUGGCGCCCUUUUCAGCAGACCCUGGAUUCGCUGAAAGGGCUGCAAGAUAUUCAUGCUUUGGCAAUACAAGUUGUAUCGGGUUGAAUGAAACUGAAUUGCGGUAUAGAUUGAUGGCUGGAAUGGAAUCCGGUCAGGCGUCGAACGCUUCGAGCAACCAGUCAUUUAAGGUUGCUGGAUCUCAGAUGGGUGUUUAUGAAAACAACAAGAGCUCGCCGCAGGAAGGAAAUUUGGCCGCCGAUAGGAAAUUCAGUAGGUUAUCAAGGCCUUCGACGCCUGAAAAUGCAGAAUUGGGUGAUUCCAGGGAGGGAUCUUCGGUUUCUGAACAGAUCCCGGGUGGGGAAGUAAGCACAAAAGUUGAAAGCGAGGCCAAUGCCAGGAAAAGGAAAUCCAUUCCAAGAGGAAAGGCCAAAGAAUCAACCCCUUCUACUCCCUCAGCUAAAGAUGCCAAGGCUGCUUCGGAGAAUGACGAAUCGAGUGCGAAGAGAAGCAAAAAAGAUGAAGGUGGAAAUGAAAAGGAUGCCGCAAAGGCAAAGGGAAAGGCAGAGCCAAAAGCUGCAGGGGUUGGGAAUCAGAAACAAAGUAAGGAUAAUUCAAAGCCUCCGGAGCCACCAAAGGACUACAUUCAUGUCAGAGCCAGGAGGGGCCAAGCUACGGAUAGCCAUAGUCUUGCCGAAAGAGUAAGGAGAGAGAAAAUCAGUGAAAGGAUGAAGUUCCUUCAGGAUCUUGUUCCUGGUUGCAAUAAGGUCACCGGCAAGGCAAUUAUGCUGGAUGAAAUCAUAAAUUAUGUGCAGUCGUUGCAACGUCAGGUUGAGUUUCUUUCAAUGAAAUUGGCGACCGUGAAUCCGAGGAUGGAUUAUAACGCGGAUGCCCAUUUGUCGAAGGAUAUAUUUCAAUCUCGUGGAGCUUUGCCACACAGCCUUUACCCAUUGGAUUCAGUGAUGGCGGCUUUCCCAUACGGCUACCAGCCCCACCAGCAAGUGCAUAGCGGCAUUGCAGGCGGAGCAGAGAACCAAUUCCAAGUAAACUCUUUGAAUGCUGCACUGCGUCGAAACCCUAUCGACGGAUUCGGUGAAGCCACAGCCACCCCACAAGUUUCAGGACUCUGGGAGGAUGACCUCCAAAGCGUAGUUCAGAUGGGUUUUGGGCAGAAUCAGCUGCAGAGCUUUCAUGGCUCGGUGGGUUCAGCCCAGAUGAAAGUUGAGCUGUAACUAGCGUUGAUGGAGAAAGAAGCUUUGAAUUCAUUUCAGCGAGAGAGAUGCAUGCCUCUGUACAUAGAGCUCCCACUCCCAGUUUAUUUUUAAUUAAUUUUAGUUUCUUUUUGGGAAACCCAUUCUUUCAAGAAUUCGACAUUGUAAUUUGCUAGAACUAAUUGGUGCAACAAUUCAGUAGAUCGACCACAUACAAGGAUGUAGGAGGAGGUUGAAAUUAAGGAGGGAGGAGGUCAGAAAUACCAACUGUCAUUGAUUCAUUUUAGACCCUCAAGGCCUCAAGCAUAACAGUAUUUGACUAUUUUCUGCUUAUUUUAUUUUAAUUUUUUGUAUUUUAUUUUAUUUUUUUCCACUUCUUGGCAAGUUAACGAAAACAGUGUAAUAUUUGAGUUGCUUUCAGAUUUAGCUGGAAAAGUAUUUAUUUGGGGCCCGUGAUUGGAAUUGA